GUUGUGAUGACAAUUUUGACAGUUGCUGACUUGUCAGUUGUCAUUGUGAAAAAAGCUGUCUUUUAUUUCGUUGAAUUCACGGUGUUAGGGCGGUGUCGUCGUAAAAAUGUCUUCGAAGGUUUCGCGUGACACGCUCUACGAGUGUGUAAAUGCCGUCCUCCAGGCAUCAAAGGAUAAGAAGCGUAACUUCUUGGAGACUGUAGAGAUACAGAUCGGUCUGAAGAACUAUGACCCGCAGAAGGACAAGCGUUUCUCCGGCACCGUCAAGCUCAAGUACAUCCCCAGGCCAAAGAUGCAGGUAUGCGUGCUGGGUGACCAGCAGCACUGUGACGAGGCCAAACAGUUGAAUGUGCCGUGCAUGGAUGCCGAGGCUUUGAAGAAGCUGAACAAGAACAAGAAACUUGUCAAGAAAUUGGCAAAGAAAUACGAUGCUUUCCUUGCAUCAGAAUCGCUGAUCAAGCAGAUCCCCCGUCUUCUGGGUCCUGGUCUAAACAAGGCUGGCAAGUUCCCUGGUCUACUCUCCCACCAGGAAUCCAUGACCCAGAAGAUCGAUGAAGUCAAAGCUACCAUCAAAUUCCAGAUGAAGAAGGUACUCUGUCUCUCGGUUGCCGUAGGACACGUUGACAUGACCCCCGACGAGCUCGCGCAAAACGUGCACUUGUCGAUCAACUUCCUCGUGUCUCUGCUGAAGAAGCACUGGCAGAACGUGAGGUCACUCCACAUGAAGUCCACCAUGGGCCCACCCCAGAGAUUGUACUAGACAGGAAUAAAUUUGACUUCUAAAA